AUGGUGUCGCCACGUCCAAUGUUUUCCGCACGCCAAUUGUGCACAGAUGUUACAAGAAGCAAUAAGCUUGAAUCUGCAAUCCCUGUUCUUAAUCGACCCAUAUCUUCGCGAAAAAAUAAGGACAAGUACACAGCAGCGCCUAGAAGGAGCGUUGCCCUUAGCUUUGACAGCUUUUGCGCAAAUUCGUCAGUUGAUCAGUUUGAAACAGUAGUGGAAUUGACCGAAGUCCCAGAAAAUAUCACCGAUACCAUUGAAUUAGAGAAUCCCGACACUGUAGCUGACGAAUUCGGUCAAUCUCCGCUCUAUUUCAAAAUUGGUUACUUUUCUUUGAUUGGGCUUUUGAGAACACACGUGCUUCUUGAGAACUAUCAUCAAACAUUGAAGACCGUUGCCAACGUGAACUUCGACGCUAAGGUUGGUGUUUUCCAUGUGUUCACUUCAUUUAACCUUGUUGUUUGUGCUGCUACGCUAUAUCGUUGUGGCGAACUCUGGAGAUUCGCGAGCAGUUCUAUGCCGGAUGGAAUUGCCAUUGAUCUGUCACUAGACCAAAAACCAGAGGAUGACAUUGAACGAACGCGUAUUGUCAAUGCUGGCGGAUUUGUGAAUGAGGAUGGACGAGUCAUUGGUGGACUGAAUUUAUCGCGAGCAUUUGGUGAUCAUAGCUAUAAGAAGAAUACAGAUCUGUCAUUACGGGAUCAGAGGAUCACUGCUCUACCCGAUGUAAAAGUGGAAGCUUUGCAACCUAACGACGAGUUCCUCGUCAUAGCCUAUGAUGGGAUUUGGUGA